AAGUAAGUGAAGGUGAAGAGGCAGAAAUUGUCAAGAGCAAACAGCAUGGUUCCUUCGCAAAGUGAAGAUGUAAAGCGCAAGGCCACGCAACCCCUCGACCCUGGCUCGCCGCCAAAGCGCGUAAAGCAAUCGAGCGAGAGCCCCUCCGAAGAGGAGAAACCGGCGCGUCCUCCAGCAAAACGGAUAGUUCCCUUCCCAGAGAAGCCUGCCGUCAUCGAAGAAAGGGAAGGAGAGAUCGAGUUUCGCGUAGUCAACAACGAUGGCCGCAGGGACAGCACCAUCAUUCUCACGGGCUUGAAAUGUAUCUUCCAGAAACAGUUGCCUAAGAUGCCAAAGGACUACAUUGCCCGUCUUGUUUAUGAUCGCACGCACAUGAGCAUAGCCAUCGUGAAGAAGCCGUUGGAAGUUGUUGGUGGUAUAACAUAUCGACCUUUCCGUGGCCGCCAAUUCGCCGAGAUCGUCUUCUGCGCCAUAUCCUCUGACCAACAGGUCAAGGGUUAUGGAGCGCAUCUUAUGUCUCACUUGAAGGACUAUGUCAAGGCAACUUCUGAUGUUAUGCAUUUCCUCACAUACGCAGACAACUAUGCUAUCGGUUACUUUAAGAAACAAGGGUUCACCAAGGAGAUCACGCUCGAGAAAUCGCGCUGGAUGGGAUACAUCAAGGAUUACGAAGGAGGAACCAUCAUGCAGUGUUCAAUGGUGCCCAAGAUCCGCUACCUCGAGUCUGGGCGCAUGCUUCUUAAGCAAAAGGAAUGCGCCAACGCAAAGAUUCGAUCCGUCUCAAAGUCCUUUGUAGUCCACCAGCCUCCCGCGCAGUGGAAGAACGGAGUGACCAAGAUCGAUCCCUUGACUAUCCCAGCCAUCAAGGCAUCGGGCUGGAGCCCUGACAUGGACGAAAUGGCUCGGGCACCCCGCCACGGACCCAACCAUCUUCCACUCUUGCACCUCCUCACUCACCUGCAGAACAACAGCAAUGCAUGGCCGUUCCAGCAACCAGUCAACAAGGACGAGGUUCUGGAUUACUACGAAGUCAUCACCAGCCCGAUGGACCUUGCGACCAUGGAAGAGAAACUCAACAACGACAAGUACCCCACGGUCGAAGAGUUCAUCCACGACGCCCAGCUCGUCUUCACCAACUGCAAGAAGUACAACGGCGAGGGCAGCGUCUACGUCAAGGCCGCCGGCCGCCUCGAGCGCGAGAUGUGGCGCCGCAUCAAGGAGGUGCCUGAAUGGAGUCAUCUCGAAAGCGAACUUGGCGGAAAGUAAAGAGAUCUAGUCUUAUCCGCCUAGGACGAGAAUUCCAUUGUGUUAUUAUUUGUACGAUUUUUAGCGAGGAGUCCGGUUAAGGCGGGGAAUCAAUCAGUCAAUGGGAUCGGAAUAUGCAUGUCUACUACGGCCGCACCAGGAGGACAAGCAAAGGAAGGAGAGAGCCAAUGCGAGACAUGUUCUCUGGCUCGUGUGGACUCUUCGAUACGAUUACCAAUUAUCAAAUGCUCAUCAAGGUUAAUCCUAU